GAGCAAAUGGUCAGAAGAUCCAUCCAAAAUUAUCUUCCUCUGUACAGCAGAAAGAGGAUUUUCUAUAUGUCUACGUUGGUGGAAAUGUUACUUUAAAAUGUUCUUAUGAAGAUCAGACAUUAAAACAGAUCUUCUGGUACAAGCAAAGUUUUGGACGAAAGCCUCAAAUUAUUUCAAGUUCAUUCUUAUAUAGCACAGUAGAAUUUUUUUUUGAUGAAUUCAAGAACAAUUCACGCUUUAAACUGGACAUAGAAAACAAAAAUAAUCUCUUGAAGUUCACCUAUUUGAAAAUUUCAGACUCGGCUACUUACCAUUGCAUAAGUUCUGAUUCGUACUCAAUUACAUUUUUGGAGAGCUAUAGUCUCAUUGUGAAGGAUCCUUCUUCUUACAUCCAGACUUCAGUGGAUCAGUCAUCCUCUGAGAACAUCCAUGCAGGAGACUCUGUGACUCUGAACUGUACAGUACACACUGGGAGCUGUGAUGGAGAACACAGAGUUUACUGGUUCAAAGACUCUGAAGACUCUCAUCCAGGACUCAUUUACACUCAUGGAGGCAGGAAGGAUCAGUGUGAGAGAAAUAAGAACACACAAACACACAGCUGUGUCUACAAUCUGCCCAUGAAGAACCUGACUGAGUCUCAUGCUGGGAUCUACUACUGUGCUGUUGCCUCAUGUGGACACAUACUGUUUGGAAACAGAAUAAAGCUGGAUUUUGCAG